AUGGAACGCAUUAACCAAGCUGCUCAAGCCUACGUAAUGCUUGGUAGAAUUCAGUCGAUCAGUCAACUGUAUCUGUCAUCGUUUGAUGCUGAUAAAAUUAAAAUUAACCAAGAAGCACUGAUUGAAGCAUAUCGUCUAAGUUCUGUUGCCAUUAAUACUAAACCAUCAUUAUGGCAUGGAACAUCUCACUUAAAAAUAUCCCACUUGAACAUUCGCUCACUCAGGAAACAUAUUGAUGACUUACGAUAUGAUCCUACUAUACUUGGAAGUAAUGUUAUUUGCUUAUCUGAAACGUGGUUGUCUGAUAACACAGUUAAUGAUGAACAAAUUGCACUUUCCAGAUACAGCGUACUGCUCAAUAGUUCUGGUCGUGGUAAAG